CAGGCGAAGAAGAAGGGCAUGUUUCUUUGUGGGAAAUCGCAAAGUUUAGUGGAUUUGUCACACUGCGUGUUUUCUUCACCGAAUUUAUUGGAAGAUGCGUCCUAGCAGGUCGUAUGAGGAAACGUGAACCUGCAAUAGACUGACACUACUGAAUAAACCCAGCGAAACUAGUACGCCUGCGCAUUCUUAGCAGAACAUCGAGCCGCCCUUCCUCCCCGGCAACUUGCACCGCAGGGUCGGGCGGACUGCAACUCACAACGACCCCGAGUUGAUUUGCUUUCCCAGUCGGGCACUUUCUGGGACAACAUGGAGAGCCCACAACGUGUCAACAACGAUCCACCACUCCUGUUGCCAUCUCUUCGCCUCUUCAUACCCCCUCUUCGCCUGGUGUCCGCGGCCAUGUGGCAUGUCGUGCAGAGGGGAAGCGUGCAGGAUUACGGGAUGGUGGAAGAGUUCAUCAGCAUGGUUACAGAAAUUGUUCCCGACCUCUUGAACGCAGAUCAGAAAGCUCAGCUCCUCCUGGGACUCAGAGCACGGGUGGUCCUUGAAUUGUGUCAGACUGAGCAGAUAACAGACAGAGAAACUGUUCAGAUGCACCUGAACAGGAUCAAGGCCCUCGUGUCCACUUGGGCAGCACAGCCGUGUUUUGCAGACGUAGAGUUUCCAGAGUCAAAUUUUGUGGAUCAAGUUGAAUUGUUGUUGAAGGACCCUGAAGAGAAGGAGAAGUUCUUCCAGGAUGUUUUCCCUACUGACUUUGGGCCUGAAUAUGACAGUGCUAUACAGGUUUUAAUGCUGGAUUUCCUGUCCAGACUGGAGAAGCUUCUUCCCGUUCCAGAUGUUCAACAGACUGCGUCCAUGCUCAGCGCUGUCCCUUCAGCACUGGAGGAGUGUGCACACUCAGUUCCUGACCUGCAGCACCUAAAAACCGUUCUCCAGUACCACACAACACUGGGCCAUUUCGACUUGAAUGAUGAAACUCAGGCCAUUCCAUCUUCCUUUGGGAAUUGCAUCCUCUCCUCACUGUCCCUUCCUCAGCUGGAGAAGGUUGUGAUCGAUCCAGAACAAAUACAGUUACAGCCCACAUCGGAGCAGCUGGAAGGCUGCAUGACCGUCCAGGUAGAGGGUGAAACUGUGACACUGCUGGACUAUAUCCAGAUUGAACAGCCACCCAGCCUGGUUGAUGAUCAAGAAGACAAUGUAAUAAAUGAGGAGGAAAUGGCAGAAGAUGCAACACAAGAGGAAGCAGGUGAUGCCUUAAAGCCAGCCUCUUUUCAACCACUUAAACAAAGCAAAAGACUAGAGCUGAAGAGAAGAGCCUUAAAAGAAGAUAAAGACUCAGCGACGGCUAAGAGGCAAAGGAAAAAAUAUCCCAACAAUAAAACAUGCCCUGUGUGCAAUAAGACUUUCCUGCGAGCUGCUGCGAUGAGACGGCACCAAGAAAUUCAUGAUGCAAACCGGGACCUCAAGUACAAGUGUGCCAGCUGUGACAAGCGAUUCAGGGACCAUUACGACAUGAACAGGCACACCAUGCGUGUCCACGAAAGGGGGGAGGUGUACAACAGCGGUAAAGAGGAGGACUCAGGGGAUCCGAGCACUUCAGAGAUGUCAGAAGACAAAAACUGUUCUCUGUGUGGCAAGUAUUUUGCUCGCAGAGUGGACAUGGAGCGGCACAUGAAGUCCCAUUCAGAGGAUCGCCCAUACAAGUGUGCGUUCUGUGAGAAGAAAUUCAAGAAUCCUUAUGUUUUAAAGAGACACCAGAAGGAGAUUUGUAAGAGCAGAGAGCAGAAAAAGCUAAAGAGGAAAGAAAUGCAGCGCUCAAACAUGCAGCAAAAUUCAGAGGUGUCAAUGGAGGGUAAAGUCUGUCCCAUCUGCAGCAGGAUCCUCCCCUGCACUGCAGACAUUGCAAAGCAUUUACGAUCCCACUCUGAAGAGCGUCCCUUUAUUUGCAUCACAUGCGAGAAAGGCUUCAAGUACAAAGACACGUUAAAGAAGCAUCAGAUUAUUCACGGUCACGAGGGUAUCAGGGAGGAGCAGAGCAAGACGGUGGAGCAGAUUUUGGCUGAAGCCGAAAUGUUGCCUCAGAACAGCAGUGAGACUGGAGACGCCGAUAAACAGGAAAGUAAUCCAGACACACUUGCAGACACAUCUGAGGAGUCCCCCUCAAUGCCUGUUCAAAAAGUGGCCAAAAAAGGCCUUAAAGUGUGCCCGGUCUGUUCUCGAGUGUUCGACAGCGUCAAAACCCUGAACAGACACAUACAGUGUCACACCGAUGAUCGGCCGUAUCACUGCGUCCACUGUAAGAAGCGCUUCAAACACAUGCACGGCCUCAAGAGACAUCAGAUUUACGCCAUCUGUCACAAGAAAACCAGCCGGUUCUUGUGGAAAAAAGAGCAAAGGGCGGGACCGAGUCAAAGUGACACGAGCAGCGCCGACCCCCAGCAGGGGCCCCCGCUGAAGAUCCCAGUGUGGUGUUCAAACUGCGGCAAGCACUUUGAAUACCUGUCCGCUUUGAAGGACCACCAAGAGAACGUUUGCAAGCUGGAAGUGAGGGAAAUCAUGAAAUGUGAUGACUGCGGGAAAGAAUUUAAGAGCAUGACCAUGCUCAAGGUGCACCAGAGGAUUCACGACCCCCUGUACUGCAAAGAAUGCGGGAAGAUUCUGGCAAACGAGCCCGCCUUCGAGAGGCACAAGCUGAUGCACAGACCGAUGCAGUGCACAAUGUGCGACAAGACUUUCACGUUACUGAGACGCUUGAGGGAGCACUACGAGAAGCAGCACAACUUCACCGGGCCGUAUCCCUGUCCGCAAUGUGACAAAACCUUCAUCCAGCUGUCCUACCUCGCCAUUCAUCAGAGAAUCCACAAAGGAGAGUUCCCUUACAUUUGUAACAUGUGCCCGGAGAAGUUCAGGUCCUCAAACUGUCUGACGGUGCAUCAGCGGAAACACACUGGGGAGAAACCCUUCCUGUGCUGGCAGUGCGGGAAGUGCUACCGCUCAGCUUCGGAGCUCACGGUCCACAUGGGAACACACUCGGAGGAGAGACCCUGGACCUGCACACAGUGCGACAUGGCUUAUCGCACCAAGCUGCAGCUCACGAACCACGUGGAACAAGUCCACAUCGGCGUCAGGUACCCCUGCAACAGCUGUGGGAAGCAGUUCAUGAAGGAGACGUCGCUGAAGAGACACGAGCUUAUCCACACGGGAGAGAGGCCGCACCAGUGCACCGUGUGUGGAAAGACCUUCCUUACAGCCAACGAGCUCAGGCUCCACAACAGGUAUCACACUGGAGAGCGCCCUUACAAGUGCGAAGUGUGCGGCAAAGCCUUCAUCCAGUCAGGCUACUUGAAGUCGCACAUGCGCAUCCACACAGGAGAGAAGCCAUUUAGAUGUGACAUAUGUGACAAAGGUUUCAGGUUGUCUUAUCACAUGAAGAAACACAGGCGGACUCACGCCGGGAAGCCAAAGAGCUACGUAUGCAAGGAGUGCGGGUUGGCAUUCCUCCAAAAAAAAUCCCUUUGCGAACACUCGCUCACUCACGAAUUUAAAGUGGAGUCAACUUUCACAGAGGAAGUGAGAAUUGAGUUUCAGUAGAAAUCCAAAUGUCUCUUUACCAGAUGUUCAGGCGUCACCAAAAACACAGACCGGUUUAAAUGGUGGUGUUUUUGUUGCUUCGUGUUCAUUCAGGUGUUCUGAAGAACGUAUCAGUGAUGUGUAAGGCAUGUGUAUUAGAAACCAAUGAGCAUUUUCUGCUUAAGUCUUUCUGCAAUUAAAAAAAAAACAAACUUGAAUUUUACCA